AUGUUCACCUGGCUCUUCGGCUCCCCCACCUCACCCCCUCGAUUCCUCCACAUGCGCAGUUCCCGCCUCUUCAUAACCCUCACCGUCUCCUCGGCCGUAUUCACCGACAUCUUCGCCUACGGCAUCGUCGUCCCCGUCUUCCCCUUCGCCCUAACCCAACGAGCAAACAUCGCGCCCGAGGACGUACAGCGUUGGAUUUCCAUCUUCCUAGCCGUCUACGGCGCCGCAUUACUCAUUUCCUCCCCCAUCUUCGGCUGGGUAGCGGAUCGGAACGAGUCUCGACAAAUUCCCUUUUUGGCGGGUUUGGUGGCUUUGGGGGCUAGUACGGCGCUGUUGUGUGUAGGGAGUAGUGUUGCUAUUUUUGCGGCGGGGRGGGUGUUGCAGGGUAUUUCUGCUGCGGKGGUUUGGUGUACGGGACUGGCGUUGUUAGUGGAUGUCGUGGGCGCCGACGAGGGGAUUGGUGUGGCGAUGGGUUAUGUGGGGUUGGCGAUGAGUUUGGCGGUUUUGUUGGCGCCGUUGUUGGGGGGUGUGGUUUUUCAGAUGGCGGGGUAUUAUGCUGUUUAUGCCAUGGUUUUUGGGUUGAUUUUUGUGGAUGUUGUGUUGAGGUUGGCGAUGAUUGAGCCGAGGAAUGCGAGGAGGUGGUUGGGGGAAGAUGAGGGGGUUGGCGUUGUUGAUGUUGUUGAUGUUGAUGUUGUUGAGGAUGGCGGGCAGGAGAAGAAAGCGAAUCACCAAGAUGGCGAUGCCAUUACCAAGGACGAUAUGAUCAACAAGGAAUCCACCGCGGAGGCCCACACCAACACUAGCAACACCCCUAUCCCAUCAGCCACCGCAACGCCAACCGAGGAAUCUUCUGCUCUCCGCCAUACACCCCUGCAAAAAUUCAUCUCCUCCCUCCCACCUGUAAUCUCCCUUUUCGCAUCCCGCCGCAUCCUAGCAGCUCUCUGGGCCUGCACAAUGCAAGCCUCGCUCCUAACCUCCUUCGACUCCAUUCUCCCCCUCUUCGUCCACGACACCUUCAACUGGACCUCCACGGGCGCAGGUCUAAUUUUCCUCCCCUUAGUAGCAGCCUCCUUUCUCGGCCCCUACAUCGGCAAACUCUCAGACAAAUACGGCCCACGCUGGCUCGCAACGGGGGGAUUCCUCCUCGCCUGCCCCUUUCUCAUCCUCCUUCGCCUCAUAACCAACAACUCCCUUACCCACAAAAUCCUGCUCUGCGUCUUCCUCACUCUCAUCGGCGCCGGUCUAACUCUGGCUAUAAUCCCCAUCAUGGCCGAAAUAGCCUAUGCAGUCGAAUCCAAAUCCCAGAAAUCUCCCCCGGGGUUCUUCGGUAGGAAUGGGGCGUAUGCACAGGCUUAUGGUUUGUUUAAUAUGGCUUGGGCGGCGGGCAGUAUGAUUGGGCCGCUUUUGGCUGGGUUGGUGAGGGAGGCUGAGGGGUGGGGAACUGCGACGCUGAUUUUGGGGUGUGUGAGUUUUUUUACGGCGCUGUUGACGGUUGGGUGGACUGGGGGGAGUAUUUUUUAA